AUGGAGGGGAGAAUGUGUUCCGUCUCUAUUUUCCUAGCACUGUUUCUCUUCUCAGGCUUGAACAAAUAUCAUUGUUUGGGACCUUUGAAGUCCAAUGCCUCACCUGAGCCGGCGCCAACUCAAGCACCCGCCUCACUUCCGCCGGUUCCUGAUUAUAAUCAUGUUCUGCCUGCUAUUUCUGCUACUCCGCCUGAUCCUCCCACGGCAUCCAUUCAAUUUCAGAAAAUAUGGGUCUCUCCUGGGGAGUUGAGUGCCGGACAGAAGGCAGGAAUAGUGAUUGGAGUGCUGGCCGGUGCGGGUGCUUUGUGCGUGGCAGGGCUGUGGACCACCGCAUGCAUCUUCUCUCAAAAUUUGGCUGCAUUAGCAAUUUCCAACAGGGGACAGAAUGCAAUUCAACAACUGCUAGCUGCUGAACAAGAAGCUCAGCGAAUUGUUAUUGAAGCCAGAAAAGCAAAGUUGGCCAGAUUAAAACAGGCCAAAGAAGAGGCCGAGAAGGAGAUUGCCGAGUUUCGUGCUCAUAUGGAACUUGAGGUUGUGGAGAGCUAUGGGGAUUCAGAUGCCAUUGUGAAGAGGCUGGAGCAAGAAACAGAGGCAAAGAUCCAUCACCUGAAGACACAGGCUGCAAGAAUAUCCAAUGAUGUCGUACAGAUGCUUCUAAAUCAUGUGACCACUGUGAAGAAGUAA